UAGAAUUUUAUGACAAUGCCUGCCACGUGUUGUUUUCUAUUUUUCCGCUGGUAUAUAAAACUGUCGCAGCUUGUCUAUGACAUUACAGUUAGACAGGGCUUUCGAGUAAUAACAGUCGAAAUAUCUCGAAUAUCCAGGAAAGCUAUGUCGCUGGUUAAUUUUUUUCUGUUAACCGCGAUAAUCGCAUUGGCUCCGAGUUGCUAUAGCAGAGUUGCCUCUCCAUCCCACGGCCAUUGCAUGUUCGGUCCUUUCCGUGACACCGCUUUAACGUGUAUCAAGCAGCACCGUGGAUUCACUGGCUGUGUUAUGCAGGAUUUUGAAUGGUUUUUCCCAAACCAUACGCUAUCCAUUCAUCGAAUAUUGAAAUCAAGUAAAGUGUACGUCAAGCGACCAGGCCAUUGGAGGACACUUCGAAAAGCUAUGAGAGCAUGUGUAGCAGAUGCAAAUGAAUAUGGUACAAAUCGUGAAGAGAGGAGCGAAGGAUUUAUUGCCUGUUUGAAUGACAAAAACGCUUUCACUGAAUUGUUCCCCCGGAUAUUUUGCGGAAGAAAAUCCAAUAGACAGAUGGACAGAAAGGUUCCACAAAGCAGCAAUGAGCUAUUACAGGAUAUGCCGCAUUGUGGAUUUAACAAGACUUCUGGAACAUUUGUUUCAUGUUCUCGAAAUUCAUCAGAAAUCGAUAAGUCCCACACCCAAAUUAUCGCCACCUGUGCACUAGGACCCUUAAAACGCAACCUUAUGAAUUGCCUCUCGACUCUUUAUAAGAUAAAUGGUUGCUUCCUCAAUGGAUUGGACUAUUUUACAGAAUCUGACAAGAUAAUCCCCACGCAAGUUAUCAACUCCGUCCAACCAUACGUCAUUUAUUCGGAAUAUAGGGAGAGGAUAAACGCAAACAUCAAAACGUGUGUGGAGAAAGCAAACUCCGUCAUCGGUAGAUCUGAUGUAAGUGAUACAUUUGUAAACUGUUGGCUGAAUGGAACCCAUUUAACUCUCUUCGAGCAGGGCCUUUGUCCAAAAGACAAUUCCACAGAAGAGUAUAGCCCAGCGAACUUAUCCACUAACGGGGUGGAACCUAACUAUACUAAAGCACUCGUUAUUCUAGCCUAUGAUACUCUUGAGAAAUUUUUCCAAGUUUUGGUUUCGUAAAAUAUUAACAGCUUUGUAUGAUCUAUUAAGUCUGGCCACGAGCUGCAAAAAACAAGCCAAUUACGAAAUAUCAUCCUCAAGGAAAAUGACAUUUCAUGAGCAAAACAUUGGGUCGAUUUGUCAUUUGUUCCGUAAACAUAAGUUCCAUCCAUACAUUUUAUAGAAAUAAAUGUUUAAAUAAAUCAACUUCAUAAAAAUUGUU